AUGUCCAUGCUUUUACAAACUCUAAAUCCAAAAUCCAAACAAAUAAUAUCAAGCAGAGACCGGACUCAAGACACCUAUAAACUGACUGCUGAGCUGGAGGAGAAAAAGAAAGUGAUAGAGAAGGUCACAAAGGAUCUGGAGGUGUCCCAUCCUCUGCACAUGGAAUCAGAAGAGCAUGAGAAGGAGAGCUUGGCUGAAAACAAGGAGCUGAGAAAACGCCUUGAUGAACAGCUAAAGAAAGUUCUGCAAAGAGACAGAGACAUCAGCUCCAUGGCCAUGGAAAAUCAGAGACUUGAAACUAAAGUUGAAGGCAAUGAACAGAUUUUCUCCUCCCUAAAGACAAAGUUCCAAGAGCAGAAGUUUGAGAUCAGUAAGCUGCAUGGUAAACUCAAGGCUGCCCAGAUUGCUCAAAAACAGCUUCUGGAUAAAAGAGAAAGUUGCAGAUAUGAGCUGACAGCAGAGAAGACUCAGUAUGCUAAAGCAUAUGCAAUUAUUCAGAUGCAACAGGCACAACUCACUGACAAAACUCUGGCUUUAGGAAAAAGCAAGUCUGAAGUAAAAGCUCUGAAAUUCCAGCUGGGAGAAGCCUCUGCAUCCUCUGAGCAUCUCAAGAAGAACCUGCAGACAUUAAAGGGAGAAAAUGCAGACGUCAAGGCCAAACUCCAGGAGGUAGAGAGACAGUGUGACAGAGAGUGUUUGUACCAAGGUCUCUCUGGGGGCUUUACAGAGAAGAAGUCUGCCAUUGCUGAGCUCAAAGCUCAUCAGGUGGAGAUCAUAACCAGGCAGACACAACUCAAAGGCACACACAAUGAGGAAAAGAUAAAAAUCUCUGAGCUGCAGCAAAGAGUUGAUCGAGCCACCUCUGCUCUUAAGAAAGAACGACUCACAUGUGAGAAGUAUCGAGGUGAGAUAAAGGAAGCCUUGAAAAGGCAAAUGGAGACUUUGGAGAAGUACACAUUGACUGUAGCUCCGAGAGAGCUGAGAAAAGCUUUUCCUGGAUUCAAAAGCCACAGCUCUUCACAGUGGAUGUUGUUUGUGAUAUGA